AUGCAGGUGAAUGUAUUAUGGCCAUUGAAAUGUUUACCGUGGGCUGUCUACGCAACGAUUAUUAUUUGGGUCCAGUUAAUUCUGAUAAUACCUUUGUCAACAAUACUAUGGCAAGAGUUCUAUCAACAGCUAAUCCCAGUUCAAUCACGAUAUGAAGGUCAAUUACAGCCAGAAAUCAUACAAGGAGCUGGCUCAAAAGAUGUGAUGACUUACCAAUGGAAUAUGUCGCUUAAUCGUUUGGAUGAUAUAACCGCUCAAACAGUCACGAUGGGAAUUAUUUCUGCGGACGCUAAACAAGAGUUUCCUCUAAGCAUCUCAAAAUUUGACCUCCCUAAGAAUAUUCCUUAUUUCCUGAAUCUGGAUAUCCAGGUAUAUUGUUUUGACAAGAUACCGAUUCAUAACAUAGAAUUGCGAAUUGAUGAUGUAGUGCAAUACUUUACUAUAUCUUGCUUCCUUAAUUUGGACUCUGCUGUUGAUCAGCAAUGGAAUUCCAAGCCAAUGGCUGAAAGAAUUAAACGCGAAUUUAUGAAUCAUUUUUUUAUGCCAGAUAUAAGUAUAGCUCCCAAUCAGGAGAAGGUAUUGGUUACAAUGCGUUCUACAGCCCAAUUACUGUAUGGUCAAGGAAGCCGCUACGAAUUAAAUAUGCACCUCGGUGGGUUACGAUAUAUAAUGCUAAGGUGGAACAAAACGUUCCAUGUUCUGGGUAGUACAGCCUUCGUCGUCAUCAUUUCUGGAUGGUUUUACUUAAGCUUUACAAUUGGGUUUGCAAUGCUUGGGUACCUACGCCAGAAGACCGCGACAUUUCGAAAGAAGUGA